AUGUCGCACAACCCGCAGGGAAAGCCCGUCGUCGCCGUCGCCGGUGUCGGUCCCGGAAUUGGCGAGGCCGUCGCCCGCGAGUUCGUCUCGCACGGCUUCGUCGUGGCCCUGAUUGCGCGCACCGCCGAAAAGCUGCACGCCAUCCAAGAGGGCAUCCGGGCGGACCACGGCCACGACACGGCCAGAUACUACCCCACCGACCUACGCGUCGAGCACGACGUCAACUCCAGCUUCCGCCGGAUCCGCGACGAGCUCGGAAGCGUGCAGGUGCUCGUCUACAACGCCGGCGCGCGCCGCGUCAACGGGCGCUCCAUCCUGGACACGACCACCGAAGAAUUCGAGGGCUUCACCAAGAUUAACCUCUUUGGCGCGUUUUGGGCCACCAAGUGCGUUCUCCCGGACAUGCUCGCGGCCGGCCGGGGGACCAUCGUGUACACCGGGGCGACGGGCUCGCUGCGCGGCAUGCCCGGCCUGAGCAGCUUCUCGCCCGGCAAGUUUGGGCUUCGGUCGCUGGCGCAGAUUGUGACGCGGGAGUACCAGGGCCGCGGCAUCCACGCGGCCCAUGUCAUUGUGGACGGGCCCGUCGACGGCAAGCUGAUUGGCGGCGUGCGUCGACGACAGUGGGAGCGCGCGGGCGACGGGGAGAAGCUGGCCGAUGUCGAGGCUCACUUGGUGCAGCCUGCUGAUCUGGCGAGCAUGUAUUGGUAUUUGCAUACCCAGCCGCGGAGUACGUGGACGCAUGAGCUGGAUGUGCGGUCCGAGAAGGAAAGCAUGUUCUCGAAGCUGUGA